CUACGAAUUUCCGUAGAGAGGAUUGUUAAUCUUUUUCUAAUUCUAUUCCAGGCUGAGGCUGAACUUCUGAAGUCAUGCAUGUGAUCAAGAUGUUCAAAGUUGAUGUUGCCAGAGCAGUAUGUCCCAGACUCAUCCCAUUCAUCAACGGAACCAUCCUCUACUUUCUGCUCCGACCGGAACCCUCGUGGCUGGCCAUCGCUUGCAAGUGUCUCCCGAUCCUCUGCCUCUGCGGCUUCGUCAUACACGAGAUUUACCUCUUCUGCAAGCAAGGGUUUUCGGUCUUUCCAAAGUACCAUCUUGCAAUCCUAACCGGUCUUGUCCUGUCCUGCAUAGGCGAUGGUUGUCUCGUCUACGUCAACCAAUACUUCAUCCACGGACUUCUCUUCUUUGCGCUGGCGCAUGUCAUGUACAUCUUUGCGUUUAGUUUUGGUACAAACCCGAUCAAACCCUCCAUUCUGGUGCCCUUGAUGCCCUUUGCUGGGGUCGUCUACGGCUUCCUCUACCCAGGUUUUGCCGCAUACGAACUUACAUUCCUCGGGGCCCUGUACAUCAUCCUCAUCAUGCUCAUGCUGUGGAGGGCGAUCGCCCGGGUCCAGUUUGCGGAGAACCUCUGGACAUGGACCAAAAUGGCCGCCGGGAUAGGCGCGGUCCUGUUCUGUAUCUCGGACCUGGUCCUGGCGACGAAUAUGUUCCGCAGCGCUAUCCCAUCAUCCCAGUCCAUCGUCAUGACAACCUAUUACACAGCUCAGCUAGGAAUGGCGAUGUCAGUUGUCAGCCAUGGACACGUUAUUGAAAAGAAAGAGAAAUAAGCCUGUCUUCCAAGACAUUGUACUUAGAAUCCCUAUUUUCAUACCUAAUAAAUGCUGCUUAAUAUUUUAAAAUAUAUAUUGCGACUUACAUUUAUUUAGAAAUAAAAAAGAAAAAAGUCUUGCUCUGUUUGUAAUAUAAUAUAUUGCAAUAUAUAUGAAGGUAGAAUAUAACUUGCAUUUUAUCACAUUGCACAAAUUAUUUUUGCAUAAACAGUAAAUAUAUAUUAAAGUAAUGUGCAUUUUUUUUAAAUGUAAUCCAUAAAGAUUGUGUCUUUUGUUUAGUGUGCUCUUAUACAACAUGUAGAUUUUUAAGAUCCAUCAGUUUCACCAAAUCAUCAGGGCAUCCCUGUUUGGUCUUCCAUACUGAUUUAUUAUUCAUUGGUUUAUUUCAUUUCUCUUUCAAUUAUUCAAUUGCAAAUAAUAAUGAUAAUGAUACUUAUAAAGCGCCUAAUUAUUUCUUUAUCAAAGGCCAAAAAAUUCUAUAUGAAGCACUCUACAAUAAAUCAGAAAUACUAAACAAAUCAAUGAUACAAAAACAAGUGAACUUACAGAAAUUUGUGAGUGGGUAGUAUGGAUCAUACUUAAACGAAAUACAUCAUCAUUUCUCAAAUAAAGUAUCAAAAUUUUAAGAUUUAUGUUUGAGUGUUUUGUGGUCUGAUCAUGGUGCCUAUAUAUGUACUUACAUGUACAUGUACAGCUUGUUCAUGUUUUCACUAGUUAGGAAUAAGCAAUUGUUCAACAUCAAUUAUUCGCAAUGGGCAAUUCUUCAUGAAAAAAGAAUCAUCUCACUCUAUAUGUGUCAAGUUGUCAACCAAAGUGAAAACAAACCAAAAGUAAUUAGCCACUACACAAAUCUUUGGAUACAACAUUUUUGCUACAUAUGACAGUCUAUACAAGUAUAUUGUUUUGUGAAAAAAUGAAAUUGUAUCAAUUUCAGGUCAUUAUAUCGGAAAGAGUAAACACCGUAUACCACAAUAUCUGAAAAGAUUGUAUUGAUUGUAGACAAUUUUUCUAAUGGUAUUCUCGUGUAGUGUUCUGAAAAGAAAGGAUUAGGAACACAUGUACAAGUAGUCGACAACAAGAGUAAAAUUAUACAAUAUAUAUAUAUAUAAUGUCCAUCAUUAUCAUCAUUAUGUGCACAAUGUGAUUUUUUCACAACUCGCCUAGUUAGCUUUACAUAUGAAAGGUCAAGUCCACCCCAGAAAAACAUUGAAUUGGAUAAAUAAAGAAAAUUCAAGCAAGCAUAAUGCUG